UUCUAAUCCUCUCUCGCUCUCCAAUGGCAAGCAGCUCGACGAUGGAGAGGACUUGAUCAGCACACAAUCCAGGAGGACUCUCUGCCUGUUUGAUGGCUUAAUCUCCUCCGUCUGCAAUGGGCAACGCUUUCAGAAUGGAGUUGAUUUGAUCAGUGCAGCAAUCCGCGAGGACUUGAGUAGCUGUGAUCAUCUGCUGAGUGGUCUCUUCAGUGAGGUUUGCCAUAAAACAGUCACGCGUCGGCCCGGAGGACUUUGCCUGGUGUUCCACCUCCACUUUUUCCACAUUCGAGAGGAAUUGUUGCUGUCAGAGGGCUUCGGCAUGGCCGGGGUCACUAGGAAGGGAUCCGGGAGACCCUCGUACUACUACAGGUUCCUGGGCAAGUCACGACUGCAGCGUCAGCGAAGCCGGUCCCGCAGCCGCACCAGGCCGCCUGCCAGCAGGGAGUCGCCCCCGGAGAGGACAGGACGCCGACGCAGCAUGCCGGGCGGCUCCUCGGACAAGAGCACACCCACGAUGGAGCCCGCGUCGCCUGCCGCCACUCCUUUCAGAGUCACCGUGAGUACUGGCUUCCUCAGUCGCCGGCUGAAGGGUUCCAUAAAACGCACCAAGAGUCAGCCCAAACUCGACCGCAACUCCAGCUUCAGGCACAUCCUCCCCGGCUUCAGGAGCGUCGACAAUGACAGAUCUCAUCUGAUGCCAAGGCUGAAGGAGUCUCGCUCCCAUGAGUCGUUGCUCAGCCCCAGUAGUGCUGUGGAAGCCCUGGACCUAAGCAUGGAGGACGAGGUUGUCAUCAAGCCGGUUCACAGCAGCAUCCUCGGGCAGGACUACUGCUUUGAGGUCACCACCUCCACAGGAAGCAAAUGUUUUUCUUGCCGUUCGUCAGCCGAGAGAGACAAAUGGAUGGAGAAUCUGCGCAGGGCGGUGCAGCCCAACAAGGACAACAGUCGCAGGGUGGAGAACCUGCUGAAGCUCUGGAUCAUCGAGGCCAAGGACCUGCCGGCCAAAAAGAAAUACUUCUGCGAGCUGUGCCUGGACGACUCGCUCUACGCCCGCACCACCUGCAAGCUCAAGGCGGACAACGUCUUCUGGGGGGAGCACUUUGAGUUCAACAACCUGCCCGCCGUCAAGAGCAUCACCGCCCACCUCUACAAAGACUCGGACAAGAAGAAAAAGAAAGAUAAAAACAACUACAUCGGACUUGUCAAUAUCCCCGUCGCCGCGGUCACCGGGCGACAGUUCAUGGAGAAGUGGUACGCCGUCAGCACGCCCAACCCGCCAAAGGGCAAGACGUCCGGGCCCAUGAUCAGGAUCAAGGCGCGCUACCAGAGCAUGAACAUCCUGCCCAUGGAGAUGUACAAGGAGUUCGCAGAGUACACCACCAACAACUACAUGCUGCUCUGCUCGGUGCUCGAGCCGGGGAUCAGCGUCAAGAACAAGGAGGAGAUGGCGUGCGCCCUGGUCCACAUUCUGCAGAGCACCGGCAAGGCCAAGGACUUCCUCACGGAUCUGAUGAUGUCAGAGGUGGAUCGAUGCGGGGAGAACGAGCACCUCAUCUUCAGGGAGAACACGCUGGCGACGAAGGCCAUAGAGGAGUACCUCAAGCUGGUGGGACAGAAGUACCUGCAGGACGCCCUGGGGGAGUUCAUCAAGGCUCUGUACGAGUCAGAUGAGAACUGCGAGGUGGAUCCGUCCAGGUGUUCCUCAGGCGACCUGCACGAACACCAGAGCAACCUGAAGAUGUGCUGCGAGCUGGCCUUCUGCAAGAUCAUCAACUCAUACUGCGUCUUUCCCAGAGAGCUGAAGGAGGUCUUUGCGUCAUGGCGACAGGAAUGCAGCAACCGGGGUCGACCGGACAUCAGCGAGCGGCUCAUCAGCGCGUCCUUGUUCCUGCGGUUCCUCUGCCCGGCCAUCAUGUCCCCCUCGCUUUUCAACUUGAUGCAGGAGUAUCCGGAUGACCGCACAGCGCGCACGCUCACGCUCAUCGCCAAAGUCACGCAGAACCUGGCGAACUUCACAAAGUUUGGUAACAAGGAGGAGUACAUGUCCUUCAUGAACCAGUUCGUGGAGCACGAGUGGACCAACAUGCAGCGCUUCCUGGUCGAAAUCUCCAACCCAGAGACCAUCUCCAACACGGCGGGCUUCGAGGGCUACAUCGACCUCGGCAGGGAACUCUCCACCCUGCACUCCCUGCUUUCGGAGGUGGUGUCCCAGAUGGACCAGAGUGCUGCCUCCAAGCUGGGUCCUCUGCCCAGGAUCCUGCGGGAGGUGAACACGGCUCUGUCCAACCCGUCCUGCGUCAUGAUGUCCCCGGGACAGUCCUCGGAGCACGUGGGCUCGCCCCCCGCCGAGGCCGGCUGCAGCAUCUCCACCGGCCUGCAGAAGAUGGUCAUAGACAACGACCUGCCGGGGCUGGUGGACUUCACCAGGUUACCGUCUCCCACCGCGGAAAAUAAGGACCUAUUCUUUGUGACCAGGAGCUCCGGGAUCCAACCUUCCCCAGCACGCAGUUCGAGCUACUCUGAGACCAAUGAAGCGGACAUGGGCAUGGCCAACGGCAGCAAGAGUCUGUCCAUGGUGGACCUCCAGGACCCCCGCAGUCUGGACGGUGGUCCGGGUCCAAGCUCCUCGGAGGCCCUGGGUGAAGGUCCAACCCCCGGGGGAGGGUGGUUGGCCAGAGUCCCACAGGUGAACAUCCCCGGUGGUCCCACUCUGAGGAGGCCGGCCCAGACCCCCACCGCCCUGGGUACAGAAAGCACCCCGGGUCGACCCGCCCAGCUCCUGGCCCCCCUGUCCUUCCAAAAUCCGGUCUACCAGAUGGCGGCUUGCCUGCCCGUGUCCCCUCGAGGAAUGACCGACUCGGGCUCCGAGUGCCACAGUUCCGUCAGUUCCCAUAGCAACAACGAGGACGGACCGGCAGGAGGGAAGAACGCCUUCUUGAACCACGGCGGCGGCGGCGGCGGCGGAGGAGGUGGCGGCGGGAGCAGCGGGGACGAGUACACCCGGCGUUCGGGGGAGUUCAACCGCCGGCAGCUGUCCCUCACGGAGACACAGCACCAGCCCAACGUCCCCAGACAGAACAGUGCCGGCCCGCAGCGGAGAAUAGACCAACCUCCGCCCCAGAGCGUCACCCGGGGCCGCACGCCUCCAAAUCUCCUCAACAGCGGACCCUACCCCCGGCCCUCUUCUGGCAACAUGAUGACAUCGUCGCCCGACUGGCCCGGCAGCGGCGCGCGGUUACGGCAGCAGUCCUCCUCCUCCAAAGGGGACAGUCCGGAGACCAAGCAGCGGGCUCAGCAUAAACAGUAUCAGCAGGAGAUCUUAGUGCUGCAGGAGAAGCUGCGGUCGUCGGUGCAGAAGCUGGAGGAGUACGAGUCCCGUCUGAAGGGUCAGGACGAGCAGGCCCAGAAGGUGCUGAUGGAGUACCAGGCCAGGCUGGAGGAGUCGGAGGAGCGCCUGCGCAGACAGCAGGACGACAAGGACCUCCAGAUGAAGGGCAUCAUCAGCAGGUUAAUGUCGGUGGAGGAGGAGCUUAAGAAGGACCACUCGGACAUGCAGGCGGUGGUGGACUCCAAGCAGAAGAUCAUUGAUGCACAGGAGAAGCGCAUAGCAUCUUUGGAUGCUGCCAACGCUCGUCUGAUGAGCGCCCUCAGCCAGCUGAAGGAGCGCUACAGCAUGCAGACCCGCAACGGCAUCUCGCCCACCAACCCCACCAAGCUGCAGAUAACUGAAAACGGGGAGUUCAGGAACAGCAGCAACUGUUAGACGGAGCGGAGCGUGUACAGCGACCCGGUGCAAGGACCCGAACACGCAUGCACGGCUGCACGCCUGUUGCAGAGACCGCGAGGUUUUUAAAAGCAAACAUAGUACUUUUGCGGGACAUUUCCAGUUUUUGGACAACCUGGGCAGCAGUGGGCGGGCCAACCCGAAGAGGCGGGACCUACACGUGACGGACAGAUCCCCCGGAGAACAAGCUGAGCGUACGGGGGGUCGUUACCAGGGAGACGGCCGGAGGAGGCGGGGCAGAGCUUGUACAUAUGAAACGCAAAGCUGUCCAUGUAUGCAGUCGCUGGGACGUUUCAAGAUCCUGCCGACACUUGGGACAAACCACUAUACAGCUACACACAGCGACAACCGCCAGACACGGUCACCAUAGCAACCGUCCUCUCCUCCGCUCUCACUUUAUUCUCCUCCCUCCCGACAAGCAACAAUGAAGCGCAGCGCGGAUUAUCGCUCUCGUUGUCUUCAGCAGAUUACUUUGCUUUAUUUAAGAGUCAUUGUUUAUAAAGAACCAAAUAGGAGCUAAAGAAAAUAGAUAUUUUUCGCCCCAAAUGAUGUUUAUGUCCCUUUUGACUCCUCGGGUGUGUCCCCCCCCCCGGAGUGCACUUUGUGAUACGCUAUUGGUACAUGAAACGCCUUAAUUAAGGAACACACCUUGACUUCAUCCCGCUGCUCCCCGACUUCAGAAAAAAGGCACAACUUAAACUGUGGAUUUGUAGAGAAUAGAAAAAUAAAACUAUACAUACAUAAAUGUAUUAUGAACACUAAAGUAAAUGAAUUCUAUGUGAUACUAUAUUAAUGAAAUGUAACAUAGAUGUAUGCAUUUCUUUUCUGCUAUAGAGUAUACACACAUAUCUAUAUUUGAUAAUCUCAAAUAUAAAAGCAGACCUUUAUUUAGGAGUGAGAUCUACUUUUAUUUUUCUUCUGUCGCGAUGAAAGACUGCAGUGUGUUUUGCUUUGGAGCCCCGGAGGAGUCGAUCACGGCGAGCAGUGAUCAGCACCAGCGCCUCGCUCGCCCGUUCAAAUCUCCACGGCGACGCCGAACCCGUCACAGGCGGCACGCGCGACAUGUGAGCCGACACGGCCUGCGCAUUCAAACCGCCGUCUCUCCCGCUGCUGCUGAUCAUCGCUCCCCAAACACACGGAUCAAUUAAACCCAGAUUUAGAUUUUAGUUUGGUGGGUUGUGUGAGUGCGUGUGAUCUUCUCGCUGUAGUAGCACAAUAGUUACGGAGAGACGUGUGCUUCGACACGCUCACUCAUCCCAAACACUGGACUGGUGAGCCGUCGGCCUCCUCGGUGACAUUUCCUCUCCCACCUGCUUUGUUUGUCGGUGGUAAUGAAGUUUGCUGCAUCCAAACUGUGACUCUUAUUAAUCCUCAUGGCAUCGUCUCUCUCCUCACCGUCUCUUUUUUAUUUGCUUUACCUUCACCCCCCUUUUAGCCAUCGUUUUUUUUCCGAAUGUGAAGACGCUCGCUUCGCAGUUUGAUCCGUCUAAUCUGCUCCGUACAUCUCAGCGUCUAUAAUUUGUAUAUUUUUGUACCCGUUGUUCUUACGUGUCACAGACUGCGUGCGUGAGGCUCUGCAUGCUUCAUCCUCUCUCCAGAGCCAACGCAGUGGCACCAACACCACUUCUUCUGUUUCCAAUCGGAAGGUUAUGAUGAUGAUGAAUGCGUUUGCUGCAGGCAUAUACAGUGAAUAUAUGAUAACCGAGUGCAUCAAGAGGCUGGACAGCCUGGGAACGUGUAAAUAAAAUGCUCACACUAUUUUUACCUAAUGUUAACAGAGCUUUUUGUAAAUGUAUCUCGUGCUCAAACUCUGCUGUAUCAUUAUGGAUUUUGUAAAUACAAAAUAGCUCAGUCGGUCAUCUGUCCUCAUUGAAUAGAACUAUUCUCUUAAAUGAACCUUUCAGUGUUCUCCCGGUCAAAGCUAUCGUUUUUGUGUUUAGAGUGUAUUUUCACUAGCCAAAAAAACAGUUAAAGUAGGAUUUGGGAAGUUGCCACACAAUCCUGCAGUUCCCAUCAGUCUUUGCACUUUUAUGUUCAGUGGUCGGUGUUCUCAAUUAGCUUCUGUUUAGCUCAGCACUUGUUUCUGCUGUUUAAAAACGUGGCGACGUUCAAAACCGAAGGGAUUUCUUGGGAUUAGAUUGUCAGGACGUUGUGUCAGAUUGACAGAACUGUUCGCCUCAGACUGCAGACUGCGUGCGGUCGAAUGCAGAAAGAAAAGAAAAGGAGAUGUAGGACUUUCCUCGUUAUAUCUUAUUAGGCAUUUGAUCCUGAAACAAUAUCAAGUGAGACUGUUACUUUUGACUGAGAAAAAGGGGUUGAGUUGAUCCGAAACAUUUCUAUACGCUUCACAAUAAUUAUUGCUACAUGGUCUUUCUUUAACCAGUAGUAGCAAAUGUUAACCUUUAGCUCUGGUGGUUCAUUUAAAGUGUCAUUGUUUGCCUUUAAACUGCAGUUUACAAUAAUACAAGUUAAGCGAUGACACGUCUGUGUGUGUCCAUCUGCAACCAGAAAAGAGGAAGAGACUCUUCUCACGUCCACGUUUCCACCCGUUUCCAUUUUUUGCAGUCCAAACACGAGCUGUCACUUCCCAAAUAGUUACUCCACUUAGACAAAAGAUCGAUCUAAAAUAUAAAGCUAUAAAUAAAGUAAAAGAUGUUGUAUGUUUUCUAUUAUCUUGUAGAAAAUACUUUUGUAAGUAUGUUGAAAGUAUAAAGUAUUUGCUGGAUUCUGCUUCCUUUGACGACAGUGACAAAACAAUAAUGUACAGAGGAAUUUGUGUUGACAAAAUGUGGCUGUGCAAUUUAUGUACAUUUGCAACUAGACCUAUUAAAGUUUUAUUUAGCUAUUUUAAAA